CACGGCGGCAGUAAGACAGAACCUCAAAGAAGAAGAAGGCAGCGUCACUUCCGGUCACAGUCAUGGCGACGGCGGCGGAGAAGUCCACGAAGGAGCGUCUGCUGCGCGCGCUGGACGACCUGGAGGUGCUGUCCAGGGAGCUGAUCGAGAUGUUGGCGCUGUCCAGAGGACAGAAGCUCCCACAGCCCGGAGAGGACACACAGGUGCUGGAGCUGCUGGUGCAGAGGGACAGGGAGUUCCAGGAGCUGAUGGAGGAGGCGCAGCAGCAGGGGAAGGUCCACCAGGAGAUGCAGCUGCUGGAGAAGGAGGUGGACAAGAGGGACAGCGACAUCCAACAACUGCAGAAACAACUGAAGGAGGCGGAGCACAUCCUGGCCACGGCUGUUUACCAGGCCAAGGAGAAGCUCAAGUCCAUCGACAAGGCCCGGAAAGGGAGUAUCUCUUCAGAGGAGAUCAUAAAGUACGCUCACAGGAUCAGCGCCAGUAACGCCGUGUGUGCUCCGCUGAACUGGGUCCCAGGUGAUCCACGCAGACCGUACCCCACCGACCUGGAGAUGCGCAGCGGGAUGCUGGGUCACAUGGCCAACCUGCCGACCAACGGCGUGAACGGACACCUGCCAGGCGACGCACUGGCUGCUGGGAGGUUACCAGACGUGCUGACGCCUCACUACCCCUGGCAGUCGUCAGACGUCUCCGUGGGGAUGCUGCCUCCUCACCACGGCAACGACUUCGGCCUGGAGCCGCCCGGCCACAACAAGGAGAACGAGGACGACGUGGAGGCCAUGUCGACCGACACGUCGAGCAGCAGCAGCGACUCCGACUGAGAGAGAGAGAGAGAGAGUGUGUGUGUGUGUGAGAGAGAG